CUCAAAGACACCGUCAGGAUAGACAGGUUUUGUUUCCGCGGCGCACUUGAUGCUCGUGUCGACUCAGGAAUUUCGUGGCUCGCCAGACAUCAUGAUGGGAGAGUAUAACGUAGACCACUUGGGGACUGCUAUGCUGCACCAGUUAGGAGCCGAUGAAGUUCCCCCUUUCUUUUCAGCCAUUAUGAACACUCGUUUCAGCGUGCCAGAUAUCGAGGCAGAGGCCCUCGUUCUGGCGCUAUCUCUGUUGGAUAUCGAAGAAGUCGAAGGAUCGCGCAAAGGAAAGUUACGGGAGGACGCCUGCUUGACGGACGAAGAAAUUGCAUUCAACUUUCAGGCAGAAAAUUUGAAGGCGUCCUUGGCCGAACUUCGAGACCGCAGAUUUGCACUAAGCCUUGAUGAAGCGCUUCAAACCGACACUGCAGCUCUCAGUGCCUUGUCUCUCAUCAACCAAGGGGAACAAGAUGAUCAUCUUUUUGCUCUUGCUCUUGAAAGAGGCGCCGAUAAGUACUUGAAUGGUCUGGAUUUCUGUCUGAGUUUGGCUCCACUAUGUCCAACACAAUUUUCAAUUCACUACCUCGGCCUCAUAUUACUUUGUCCCAGGGUGGAAUGUAUCAUAUGUGGCGAUCCUGUCAGACGUUCGCAAGUAUUCAAUGCUCCGUGCUCUCAUUUUUAUUGUCGAGGUUGCCUUGUAAACCUUGUCGAAGCAUCUACCAGGGACGAGACACUUUACCCCGUGCGGUGCUGCCAGAAGCCUCUCCCCGUUGCGAACUUCCUUCCGUUGCUUCCAUCGGAUUUGCGAUCCCAUUUCCAGGACAAAUCUGCGGAGUUCGCAACUCCACCGACUUCACGGAUCUACUGUCCCAAUCAGACUUGCUCCAAGUUUUUGGGAUCAUCUUCUGGCCGCAGGUCUGAGAUCGAAUGCAGUUGUGGGACACGUGUGUGUUCCGCAUGCAGGAAUCGAGCCCACUUAUACGAAGAUUGUGCUGAAAACGCUCAGACGUCAGCGAUCAAGUCCCUUGCGUCUCAAAUGGGAUGGCAGACCUGUCCGGGUUGCCACGCUAUCGUGGAACUCUGGCAGGGGUGUUACCACAUGACCUGCCGGUGCUCGACGCAGUUUUGUUACUUGUGCGCAGCACUGUGGAAAACUUGCGACUGCCGGCAAUGGGACGAUCAACGCUUGUUAGAUGACGCCGAACGACGUGUGUACAAUGAAUUCGGGGCUCGGGAGGCAGCUGCGCGCCCUGAAAUUUUUGUGGACCGUGUUUACCAGAGGAUGGCAGCGUUGCAGGAAAAUCAUGAGUGCGCUGUGCACCGAUGGGUGUACAGGAGUGGCGGCGGACGUUGUGAAGAAUGUCAUGAUGAUUUAAGGAAUUAUCUGAUGCGUUGCAGAGAUUGCCAAGCCUUGGUAUGUAGGCGAUGUUCAGUGAAUCGUCUUUGAGAAUAGCAAUAUUAGUAUGAG